UAAUAAUGUGUGUGUGUGUGUGUGUGUGUGUAUGUGUGUAAGUGUGGGAGAGUGGCUGUCUGUAGUCUUAACGCAGUUAUGUUAACUUAAAAAGAAUGACGUCGGAAAUGUUACAAGUGCCUUUUAAGAGGCGUGGGACCCAGCGUGACUAGCGGAAAGCGACAUGGUGACAUUUGUCCUGGGAGGACUGUCACGUAGGUUAAAGGGUGCCGCCCCGGGGUUAGGGGAUUAUCGGAGUGUUUAGAAACUUUAGAUAGCAGAGCGCAGAAAGUGAUGCAUUGGGCGGCGCUGUUUUGUGUAAUUAAUAGAUAUAGACAUUUCUUAAGCCAUAUCUGCUUAUAUAUGGCCAUCAUAGAGAAGUUAAGCAUUCAUAAAGUCCAAAAUAUGUUUAAGCGUCACUAGUAGCCUCAGCUGCCAUCGGCCUCUCAUACUGCUAUUUGAUCGUAUUUAGUCAGCGCUGAAUAUCGAAACGCGUCCGGAUGCCGGGGGUCGGUGAUAGUGCUCCGGAUCGGGAAUAAUGAUUUUGUGGUCGCUGGCGGCGAUGCCGGAGAUCCGCCGCAGCCCCGGUGUGACCCAUGUGGCCAUUGAGCGGCGCUGCCUGGGCGGAGUCACGCCAGUCCUAGAUACUUCAGAUCGGCACUGUUGAUGCAUGAGCACCUUAAAAUAAUCUCCGCAUGAUAGCUUUCGGAGAUUCAGCUGAAACGCAAUUAAAAAAGAAAUACAGCAGCUGAGCAUCCGUUGGUGCGAUGGGACGCCCGACGAGCCGCUGGAUCAUCCACUUCUGGAUCCUUUGCCUCGGUUUCCCGGCCGUACAGGGCGCCAUCAGGAGGUACUUCAUGGGCAUCACGGAGGAAACGUGGGACUAUGCGCCGACCGGCGACAACCUGGUCAGCGCCGAAGAAACUGAGAAAGUCCAGCAUGCAGCUACUUUUCUGGAACAGCGUCCUCACCGAAUUGGAAGCCAGUAUAAAAAAGCUGUAUACAAGCAGUUCAGAGACGCGGGUUACUCGGAAGAAGUGGACAAACCAGCCUGGCUGGGCUUUCUUGGCCCCGUUCUCAAGGCGGAGGUGGGCGACGUGAUAGUCGUCCACUUGAAGAAUUUCGCCUCCAGGUCUUACUCCCUCCAUCCUCAUGGUGUCUUCUAUGAGAAGGACUCUGAAGGGGCUCUGUACCCAGAUGGAACCUCGGGGGAGCUGAAGCAUGACGACAGAGUGCCCCCGGGUGGGAACCACACCUACACCUGGACUGUGAAGCCUCAGUUUGCACCCACCGCCGGGGACCCCAACUGCCUGACCUGGGCGUAUCACUCCCACGUGGACGCCCCCCGUGACAUCGCCUCUGGGCUCAUCGGCGCCAUCCUCACCUGCAGGAAAGGCGUCCUACGGCACAGGUCACAAGGGCAUGCCCAGCUGGAGCGGGUCGACGUCGACCACGACUUCCUUCUCCUGUUCAGCGUUAUGGACGAGAACCUCAGCUGGUACCUGGAGGAGAACGUCCAGGCUUUCUGUUCCGAGCCCACAGGCGUGGACCUGGAGGACGAGGACUUUAAGGAGUCGAACCAAAUGCACGCUAUCAACGGCUACGUCUACGGCAACCUGCCCGCCUUGGAGAUGUGCGUGAACAGGACGGUGUCGUGGCACCUCCUCGGAAUGGGCAACGAGGUGGAUAUCCACUCGGUCCACUUCCACGGCCACACCGUGUUGAACCUGGGCCACCGGGCCGACGUCCUCAGCCUGUUCCCAGCCGUCUUCGUCACAGCGGAGAUGAUCACCCAGACGGCCGGCCAGUGGAUGCUCAGCUGCCAAGUAAACGACCACAUAGAAGCUGGGAUGCAGGCCUUUUACAAUGUCUUGUCCUGUGGAGAGGAUGAUCACCAAGUACCCCCUAGUGGCAGGGAGAGGCAGUACUUCAUUGCUGCUGAGGAGAUCUUAUGGGACUAUGGUCCACUGAACAUCAACCCCUUUCUCAAUGUGUCGCUCAGCGACACUGAGAGUCAGUCUGAAGUAUAUUUUGGAAAGAGUAAUGGCAGAUUGGGAGGAACUUACUGGAAAGCCCAUUUUGUGGAGUACACAGACAAGACCUUCACCAUGAAACACGGGAGCAAUCGUGGCACAGAGAACCACCUCGGCAUUCUGGGGCCCGUGAUCAGAGCAGAGGUGGGCGAUGUCCUUAAGGUGGUCUUCAUGAACAAGGCCAGCUGGCCCUUCAGCAUCCAGCCCCACGGUCUGCAAUAUGACCCAAUGUACGAAGGAACCCCCUACAGAAAAGACACCAUGCAAGGCUCGUCGGUGUCGCCCGGUCAAAGAUUCACAUACAGAUGGAAAGUUCUGGAAGGCCCCUCAGUCAGCGACCCCCCAUGCAUCUCCUACCUGUACUACUCAGCCACCGAUUCCAUACAGGACACCAACUCUGGGCUGGUGGGCCCCCUGCUGGUGUGUAAGAAGGGAGUACUGGGUGACGAUGACUUGCAGAUGGGCAUCAGCAAAGAGUUCUUCCUCCUCUUCUCCGUGAUAGAUGAGAACCAGAGCUGGUACCUGAGCAGGAACAUCCAUGAGUUUGGUGAUGGCAACACGAACGUCAUGGAUGAAGACUUUCAGGAGAGCAACAUGAUGCACGCGCUGAACGGCUACAUGUACGGGAACCUUCCGGGCCUGGACAUGUGUGCCGGGAAGCCCAUCACCUGGCACGUGCUGGGCCUGGGCAGCGAGGCAGACAUCCACGGCGUGUACUUCCAGGGAAACAGCUUCCGCAGGGAGGGCACGACCCGGGACACCCUCAGUGUCUUCCCUCACACCUCGGUGACUGUGCUCAUGGAGCCCCGUAAGGAGGGCACAUUCGAGGUCAGCUGCAGGACGAGCGAUCACUAUCGGGCUGGGAUGCAGCACCACUACACGGUGAGGAGGUGUUCAGGGGACCGGGUCAGGACCGACAGCGCCCCCACCUCCGUGCUGCGCUACUUCAUCGCUGCCGAGGAAGUAGAAUGGGACUACUCCCCAAGCCGGGACUGGGAGCUGGAGAAGCACAUGGCCACAGAGGCGAGCAGUCCUGGGAAUAUGUUUGUCCAAAGAACAGAGAACUGGAUCGGCUCCAAGUACAAAAAAGUGGUGUUCAGGGAGUACACCGACGCCACCUUCAGGACGAGGAAGGAAAGGGAGCCGCACGAGCAGCACCUGGAGAUACUGGGCCCAAUCAUCCGAGCAGAGGUGGGCGAGCGGCUGCUGGUGAACUUCAAGAACAAAGCCAGCUGGCCGUUCUCCAUGCACGCCCAUGGGGUGGAGACGGACCCCACGCCGCCGCGACCCGUGAAGCCAGGACAAACAAAACAGUAUAAGUGGGAUAUACCAGAAGAUUAUGGCCCUGGGUUCUCAGACCCCAAUUGCAUCUCGUUUGCAUAUUACUCAACUGCAGAUUUUGUUAAGGACAUGGCCAGCGGGCUGAUCGGACCCCUGGUCAUCUGCCGUAGGGGCACGCUGGAUGAGGCCAGGCGUAGGAAGGAUGUGGACAAGGAGUUCGCUCUGCUCUUCAUGGUGUUCGACGAGAACGAGUCCUGGUAUCUGGAGGACAACGUGAAGACGUACCUCGGCAGAGAGUUGGACGGCAUCAGCAUGGACGAAGAUUUCCAGGAGAGCAACAAGAUGCACGGGAUCAACGGAAAGCUGUAUGGAAACCUGCACGGUCUGACCAUGCUGGAGGGGGAGAGGACGGACUGGUACCUCCUGGGGAUGGGCAAUGAGGUGGAUGUGCACACAGUCCACUUCCACGCGGAGAGUUUCACAUACAAGGUGCCCAUCCUGCCCCGGCAUCCUCACCAUACACUGACACAGCUGGCUUCAGAGCCGCCCCGUAAUAGGCCCCCCAGAAUCGGGCAUGGCUCUAAGGCCCACCGUGUAGUCCAAACAUGUAUUCUGUGCCAGAAAAUCUAACUAAACUGGAUGACAUGGUGCGGUCAGGGAGGGAACGCCACCCGCCUGGCAGGCCUUGCUGGAUGACAUGGUGCGGUCAGGGAGGGAACGCCACCCGCCUGGCAGGCCUUGCUGGAUGACAUGGGGCGGGCAGGGAGGGGACG